AUGUAUCUCCGAGCAGUCCACGCCGAAGGCUCAAUCAAAGCCCUCUUUGAAUUCAUCAAGCAAAGUCCUCUGGGAAUCUUAACGACGGCCAUAUCAUCCGAAUCUCACCCCUUCAUUCAGUCCAGCCACAUUCCCUGGGUUCUAGAUGAAAUCAGCGACGACCCAGAUGCCCCAGUGAAGGGCAAGCUUCGAGGGCACAUGGCCCGCCAGAACCCACAGGCCAAGGCCAUCAUGGAAAACGCCGGACAAUCUCCGUCGCAAUUGACGCAAGAUGUGAUGAUUCUCUUCACCGGAUCAGCCCAUCACUAUGUGACUCCCAAGUUCUACACCGAAACAAAGCCCAACACUGCAAAGGUUGUGCCGACCUGGAACUACUCCGCCGUGCAGGUCUACGGCAAAGCAACGGUCUACUUCGACUCAGCGUCUCCUGAGACGUCGAGCUACCUGUCACAGCAGAUUCAUGAUCUUUCACAGCUAUGCGAGACUUCUCAGAUGGGCUACACGGGCCAGGAAGGAAAGCCUGAACCCUGGACAGUGUCGGAGGCACCAGAGAGAUAUAUUGAUAUCAUGAAAAAGAACAUCAUCGGCAUUGAGAUUGCCAUUGAAAGCAUUGGUGGCAAGUUCAAGAUGAGCCAGGAAAGCAGCCAGGGUGAUCGUGAGGGUGUGAUCAAUGGGUUCUCUAGCCUUGGCUCUGACGUGGGAGACCAAAUGGCAAACUUGGUGAAAGAGCGAUGUGCAAUGAAGGAUGCUAGCAAGGCACAAUGA